ACCUUACAGCAAUAAGUGAAGAUUAUGAAAAAAUAUCAAACUAUAAUUUCGAAAAUUUCUUCUAGAAAUUAUCGAUAUAAUCUUGUUUUCGGGAUUUCUCGGGAACUUGUCUUUGCCGUUGUCACUUAUUUCUAAGAACAUUUGUUAAUGAAUAUAUUGUACGAUACGUGUUAAUCAGAGCAUAUAUCUAAUCGAACAAAUUUUAUUUCCUUCUGUUUAUCGUAAUUUUAUCGUUUUAUCAUCGAGACAUAUUUCCUGUUUGUGAAUUUUCGUUUAUAGAGUAAAUCACAGCAUAUAUAGUUUUAAUUCUUACCGUUAAUAGCGCUAGGGUGUCGUUCUGAAUCGAUAAUGUUGGAUUCGACACCAAAAUAGAAAGGGGUCUGUUGUCCUCCACCCUUUCACGCCAUGUGUCCCAUUCUUCCAUUGGAUGCUAGAUCUAUUCCAAACAUUGUGUGUGAUUCUAUGCUACAAGUAAGUGUGACGUCCUUUAGGUUUCGAAUGUGCAAUAUCAAUAAUUUUACUAAUUACAACGUCGUAGAAAAUAAUUCAGACUCUUUUACAAUAGUGGCGAAUACAAGGGGGGAUUUGAGUCCUCGAUGAGAAUCUCUCCAUCCUUGAUCAAAGACAUGUAUUGUUCUUAGUAGACCCAAAGCUUUAACAGUAUGACUCCAGAUGGUGCUGUCUGCACCGUGCAGAAGACUUCGGUGAUUUUAAAAGAACUGUUAGAGAUAGAAGCUAAGAAAAAAGUGUUUUGUUUGAUUUUCUACUUGACGGUGGAAAGGAUCGGUAAAAUUUAUUCAAGAAACUACUCUAGAUCCUAGAAUGGGAAUAUUCUAUAUAAUAUACGUAAUACUAAUGGACAACUGACCGUUAAUCAUUUAGUGAAGGUUAGGCGACGUUAUGGUUAGGUUAGGUUAGGUAGAUAGUAAACGAGUGACUGUGUAACAUCACAUGGUGAAAAAUGAAGAUAGCUGCAAUCAAAAGGGAACAUAACAACGUGACUAGAAUCCAGAGAAGUUUGGAAAAACUGAAAAAGCAGUUACAAAAAUACGCCUUAACGCAGAAUACCGAAACAACAAAGGAGGAAUUGAUAAGAAACCAGAAGAUCGAACAGUUGGCGAUGAAAGCGAAACUUCUAUUGAAGCAGUACGAAAAGAUUCAGGAUGAAAUAAAAUAUUAUGAGAAUAUGUAUGAAAAGGUGUUAAAGAAAAGAGUAAACCUUUUACAGAAGAAGAUUACAAGGGAUAAGUUAAGGCUGUCCACUAUGAAGCAAAGGUGUAAUGAGCUGAAAGUACAAAUAGGAAUCAAAUCGUAUAACAUGAGGAGAAAGAAGAAACGACAAUCGAUGAAUCGAAGCAUAGCUAGAGGGAUCAAGAGAACGAAAUCAAAAUUUACGACAGAAAAUAUGCAGGUUAAUGAGAAAAAACAAAAUAUUACAAAAAACAAGAAACUAGAUAAACCCAAGAUACUCUUCGUUAAUGGUAGUGAUGUACAACAUGCGUUUACUAAUUCAAUAAAUACGACGGAAUCCGAAAAUGUGAACUUUCCUGAAUGUAGAAUUAAGUUGGAAAGAAUAUCGGAAGCACAGACGAAGCAAUAUAUCGAACAAAAACGCAUAAAUCAACGUCGGGCAAAAAGGAAGCGGACAACACAGGGAAUCAUUACAAAACCUAGUAACAGUGAAUUAGUAACAAUUAAACAAAAUUGGCAAACCAAAAUUCCAACAUCAAUUUUACAAGACAUCGAAAGCGAGCUCAAUCCUGAGUGAAACAGAACUGCCAACAUGGCAAACAUUGUUUCACCAGACGCUUGCCGACUAUAGUUACUACAGAAUGUGCACAUUGGUAUUCAACAAUUUUACCCCGAUUUAGAAGAGACCAAACGAUGCGUGACUAUUUCCAAAUGUCACAGUGACAGUCGUAUUUUGUAAAAUUAUUUUUUCUCAUGUCAAUUUGUCAAAGAAUGUCAAGAAGCUGGCAAAUGUUUACGAAUAUAUUUGUAAUUCUCAUACUUGUACCUGUAUAUUGUUACGCGCGGAAGGAUGUUUAAAUAAACAUUGAAAAAUUUUUACUUUUGGAUUCAAUAUAUUUAAAUAAUUGCCGUACAUUGGUACUAAUGAUCGCCUCUACAAUAAGCUACAUAUUAAUGGUAUUAAACGAUAGGUAUUAAUAAAUUACUAAUCGACACUGUACAAUGUUAUUUCGCUGUGCUGGUGCGCAAAAUAAUUACAAAAGAAGGAAAA